UUCAGUUGAUACUAGUGCUUCAAAAUGUUUAAAUCGAUCCUUGUAACUGUUUUCGGCCUGCUGACCGUUGUUACGACCGCUCCUCUUGACCAGCUGGACCAGGACAAGUGGAGUCUCGUUCCGGAUUCCAAUGGACAUCUGCACUUGGUCAACCUGAAUCCGUACAGUGUCCCCGACCAACAGGAACCGGAGAAGUUGUUCAUUCCAACACUGAUGUUCAUUCCAGCUCAGGAUACCAUUUUCCGGUUGUACACACGUUCGAACCCGCUUGCACCCCAGGUUCUCGUCCUGAACAACGCUGACUCAAUAUUUGCCUCCAACUUCAAUCCUUCUCUGCAAACGCGAUUUAUAAUUCAUGGAUGGAACAACGACGGUUUCUCCGAGGUAAAUACAAUCCUGACGAACGCCUGGCUGACCCGGGGAGAUUUUAACGUGAUAACCGUUGAUUGGGGAGUUGGUGCACUGACCAUCAACUAUAUCGCCGCACGGAGACGUGUUCAGAUGGUUGGUUCCGUGGUGUCCACGUUCAUCAGCUUCCUCGAAUCGACCACUGGUGUUGCUCCCAACAGUAUCAGCAUUGCGGGUCACAGUCUGGGAGCUCACGCCGCUGGAAAUGCUGGCUUCUACCAGCAAAACAGGUUGAACACGAUCUUCGGUAUGGACCCGGCUUUGCCGCUGUUUUCGCUGGAGAGCUCCGAUCGUAUUCACGAUUCAGAUGCGCAGUAUGUUGAAACAAUCCACACCAACGCCGGACUGCUGGGCUUUGAUAUACCGUUGGGAAGAGCAUCGUUCUACCCAAAUGGAGGUCGUACCCAGCCGGGUUGUGGCAUUGACAUCACUGGAGCUUGUGCCCAUGGGCGGGCUUACGAGUUCCUCGCAGAAUCUAUCGUCUCCGGUGGAUUCUCGUCGGUUCCUUGUCAGAACUACCAGCAGAUCCUGGGGAACAACUGCGUUAUCAACGGACCUAGCCGUUCCAUGGGUGGUGAGCCGUCGAACCAGGUAGCUGGAGCGCAGGGAGUUUACACGUUGAGCACACGGGCCGCAAGUCCGUUUUCAAUGGGGUAGAACCAUUCAUUGGUGAUCUUUUUAAGCUA